AUGCAAUUCGCAUUACCUCCGCGGAAGAGCCCACACGAGCUACCAGGUCACCACUCUACUCGGCUCCCAUUGUACCGGAGGAAGCAGCUGAAGACUGUGGCUGUGAUCGGCAUUUCAAUAUUUGCAUUUCUCUAUAUAUUGUCUCACAUCUUCUCUUCGAGCUCGGAUUCUCUCUCAGCGUCGGCAGGAACAGCUGGUGUGGUGAUCGUGACCGUGCUAGAUCGCCAAAGCUUCAGCGAAGGUUACAUCAGCAAGAUCAUCGCGAAUAGGGAGGACUAUGCUAAGCGUCAUGGCUACACGAACUUCUUCGCAAGCGUCUCCGACUACAAAGAAGCUGUAGGCGACGCUCCAAAAAGCUGGGCCCUAGUUCCAACCAUGCGCCAUGCGCUGGCAACGUAUCCCAAGGCCAAAUACUUCUUCCACAUGAGCCCUCACGCCCUCAUCAUGAAUCCUACUACCUCGCUCACCUCACACAUUCUCGACCAAAAGCGCCUCGAAUCACUGAUGAUGAAAGAUGCUUCUAUCGUACCGCCUAACGGAAUCAUCAAGACCUUUCCACAUCUGAAAGAGCAGAAUACUGAUCUGGUCAUCACACAAGACAGUGAAGGUUUGCGUUCAACGAGCUUUAUUCUGAAGAACAGGGAGUUUGCACGCUUCUUCUUGGAUCUUUGGUUUGAUCCACUGUUCCGGUCCUAUAAUUUCGUCAAAGCUGAGACGCAUGCCCUAGAUCAUAUUUUACAAUGGCAUCCUACGGUACUUGCUCGUAUGGCACUAAUUCCUCAGCGAACCCUGAAUGCCUACAGCAAGGAUUCGUCUGGCGCGUCGCCGAACGGAACGUAUAGAGAUGGCGACCUGAUAAUUUCCUUCCCUGCGUGCGAUAAGGCCGGCACUCGAGACUGCCAGGAGUUUCAUACAUACUACGAACAGUGGUUGAAGAAAGUCAAGGGCUCUUGA